GAUAUUUGGGUUCUUCCCCAUAUUUUUCUGAGACAGAAAACCCCAGGGUUUAGCCUCUGCAGUCUUUGCCUUCUUCAUCUCUCUCCUCUCUCUCUAUCUCUCUCGUCAUGGCCUUGCUCUGCUCUUCUGCUUCAAACUCAGACCCACUAGUCCCAGACCCCAAAUAACCUCCCACGAAUACCCACUUUAUCUACAGAUUUGCCACCAAAGCUUUCCAAGACGGCUGCUUCUAUAACCCCCUGUUGGAGUUGGAGUAGUAAGCUGGCCAAAGUUGCUCUUUCAAACCUCAUGGCUAUGGGGUUCUCCUCAAUCCAAACCAGCCAUUUAAGACCUUCUUGCCCUUCUUAUUUCUCUGUAUUCCGUUCCUGCCCCCGCUCUUCUUCGUCCAGGUCUCUAUGGACUCGUACCAGGCCAGAGGUCUGUGCAGCCAAAGCUGCUCAUGAUACUUUUUCAAAUAAUACGAUGAUCUCUUUGAAUCCAGUUCACUAUCAUACUGAAAGAGAAUCUAAUGGCACUAAAAGUGCCUGGAACAACAAGGUUUUUGCAAUGAGAGAAGAAAAAAAGGUAAUGGAAAAUUAUUUUGGAAGGAACGUCUCCCGUGCAGGAGGUAUUAAAACGAAUAGCCAAGAAAGGCUUGAGGGUUUCACACAUGUCAGUACGUGUGAUAAGUUGGAAGAAAAUUCAGAAGGCUCAUAUUGCAAAAUAAUUGAUUAUGGACAAUUGGAUAAAACACCUGGUGAAGGAAAUCAUGUGGACAAGGUAAAUAGUGAAGGAAAUCAUGUGGACAAGGUAAAUGGUGAAGGAAAUCAUGUGGACAAGGUAAAUGGUUAUGCACAUGAUGGUCUGGUUGUGUCAACUUCCAGUAGGAUUGAAAAUAUUAAUCUGGAGAAGGUCAAUGGUCAUGCACGUGAGGGUCCAAGACAAUUGGGUGUGGUUAAUGGGUCACAAUUAGGGAAGACCUCAAAGGUAAGGAAGGGGACUGAUUCUGGACGAAAUAAAGAUGAAGCUGCAGCUGUGAUUAAAGGGGACAAGUCUCAUGCAAAAGCUUCUGCAAUUAAAGCUGCUACAAAAGCAGAUAAUGAUUGCAAGCAAGAUCUUCGUAUUAGGCUUAAUACCAUAUAUGACAAGGUUCUUGUUGUCAAUAGUGUCUCUGUUGCAAAGAAAGUUGUGAAGAUGCUUACAGAUCAAUACAGGAAUCUUGUCCAUGCCUGUGACACAGAGGUGGCUAAGAUAGAAGUGAAGCGAGAAACACCUGUUGAUCAUGGAGAAAUAAUAUGUUUCAGUAUUUAUUCUGGACCAGGUGUGGAUUUUGGAAAUGGGAAGUCUUGUAUUUGGGUGGAUGUUCUUGAUGGCGGCGGCAAGGAACUUUUAAUUGAAUUUGCUCCUUUUUUUGAAGAUCGCUCCAUCAAAAAGGUUUGGCACAAUUACAGCUUUGAUAACCAUGUAAUAGAGAACUAUGGGCUUAAGCUUUCUGGUUUUCACGCCGACACAAUGCACAUGGCGCGCUUGUGGGAUUCAUCAAGGCGGAUAAAGGGAGGCUAUUCUCUUGAAGCACUUACACGUGACCCUAAGGUCAUGUCUGGGGCAAAACAGUGUCAUUUGAAGGAUUUGGUUGGUAAAAUAUCAAUGAAAACAAUAUUUGGCAGGAAGAAAGUGAAAACAGAUGGAAAAGAAGGGAAAUUGACCAUUAUUGAUCCUGUUGAAGUGCUACAAAGAGAAGAGAGAAAACUAUGGAUUUGCUAUUCUGCCUUAGAUGCAAUAAGCACACUAAAUCUGUAUGAGAGCAUGAAAAACCAACUAGGCAAAAAGCUGUGGGAAAUCGAUGGAAACCCCAUUUCUGGAAAAUCCAUGUUUGAUUUCUAUGAAAAAUACUGGCGACCGUUUGGUGAGCUUUUAGUUCAGAUGGAAACUGAGGGAAUGUUGGUUGAUCGAGAACAUUUAGCUGAGAUUGAGAAGCAGGCCAAAGCCGAACAAGUGGUUGCUGCGAACAGGUUUCGCAGGUGGGCUUCUAGUUACUGCCCUGAUGCCAAGUACAUGAAUGUGGGAAGUGAUGUGCAACUACGCCAGCUCUUGUUUGGUGGGACCAUGAACAGCAAGGACUCCGAUCAGGCUGUUCCAACUGAGAGGACUUUUAGAGUUCCAAACAUUGAUAAAGUGAUUGAAGAUGGAAAGGAUACAACCCCAAAAUAUCGCAAUGUCACUCUGCAUGGUAUUGGUGUCAAUCUUCCGGCUGAGAUUUACACAGCAAGUGGUUGGCCCUCAGUCGGAGGAGAUGCUUUGAAGAUUUUAUCUGGGAAGGUCUCUUCAGAAUUUCAUUUUAUGGAUGAUGACAUAGAUGAUGUUGGAGAUGCUUGUGAAACAGUGAGUGAUGAAUACUUGGUAAAACAAGAAAAUAUGUCUGAAUAUGUUGACACAUCUGCUUAUGGGACGGCUUUUGAAGCAUUUAAACCAAAGGAGAAGGGAAAGGAAGCUUGCCACGCUAUUGCUGCUUUGUGUCAAGUUUGCUCUAUCGAUUCGUUGAUAUCCAACUUCAUCCUCCCUUUGCAGAGCAGUAAUAUAUCGGGCAAGAACAGGCGGAUUCAUUGUUCCCUAAAUAUCAACACGGAAACGGGGCGUUUAUCUGCUAGGAGGCCUAAUUUGCAGAAUCAACCUGCUUUGGAGAAAGACCGGUAUAAGAUCCGUCAGGCGUUUGUAGCUGCACCUGGAAAUUCUCUUAUUGUUGCUGACUAUGGACAGCUGGAACUCAGGAUUCUUGCUCAUCUUUCCAACUGUAAGAGCAUGUUGGAUGCCUUCAAAGCUGGUGGAGAUUUUCAUUCAAGGACUGCAAUGAACAUGUAUCAGCAUAUUUGGGAAGCCGUUGAGAAAAAGGAAGUGCUACUUGAGUGGGAUCCUCAACCUGGUGAAGAUAAACCCCCAGUUCCACUAUUGAAGGUUAAAAAGUGCAAAGAGGAAGCUACAAAGCAUGGACAUGUUCGCACAUUGCUAGGACGGGAACGCAGGUUCCCCUCAAUAGCUCGUGCUAGUCGCGCUCAAAGAGGUCAUAUCGAAAGGGCUGCUAUAAACACACCAGUGCAGGGUAGUGCUGCUGAUGUUGCCAUGUGUGCCAUGUUAGAAAUAUUCAAUAAUGCGCAUUUGAAUGAUCUUGGGUGGAGGCUGCUUUUACAGGUUCAUGAUGAAGUGAUCUUGGAAGGGCCAUCUGAGUCUGCUGAGGUUGCAAAGGCAAUAGUUGUUGAGUGCAUGUCGAAGCCCUUCAAUGGCAAGAAUUUCCUUAAGGUUGACCUUGCUGUUGAUGCCAAAUGUGCACAAAACUGGUAUUCUGCCAAGUAGAUGGUGUGGUUAAUUACAUAAUUGGACCUUUGGUUUUAGAACCUCUAUGUUAUGAGGGCAGUGUGUAACACAUUCCGGGGGCCAUUUGCAAUCUUGUUUUAAUGGCAUUCGCUCCUAAGAGGUUUUCUGCCCAAGGAAUCAGUGUCUAUAGCCUGUUGAUGUGAAAUUUUCCAUCAUCUUUGAUGAUGAGUUUGUCACAUUGCAGCCAAGGAUUACUAGAAGAGGGUUCGAUCUGCUGCUUGGAAGCACUAUGUGAUUUUGAGACCAUGGGGAAGGCUCAUGGAAAAGCAUGCCUUGUAUAUAGAUUAGUCUACUAACAAUUAAACACUUAUGUUUUGUUGAACACCUCUUCUAAUGUAUUGUACUUUCCUUGGUGAAACUAAUGUAUGUUUUGAACAAGAUUGAAGAUGCGAUAU